GACAACUCACCCUGGGCUGGAGGACUAAACAGUAACACGUGCGGGUGCUUCCGGGUUGCGCUAUGUCUGCGGAGGAAGAGCUGUUGCGCUUAAGACAAAGGGUGAAAGAUCUGGAAGAGGAAGUUCAGCGUUUAGGAGAGUUGCGACACCAAUCUGUGAGAGAGCUAAAUGAUGGGAACCAGCCAAGGAACGAAAGGAAACGGCGGCCCCAGAGGCCUUUUGAUUUCUCUGCUCACCCAAAGCAGCACGUGGCUCUGCGCCUGGCCUAUCUGGGAUGGGGAUACCAGGGUUUUGCCAGCCAGGAAAACACAAUGAACACGGUUGAGGAAGUUGUGUUUGCUGCUCUCACCAAGACUCGGCUGGUGGAAAAGAGGCAGACCUCAAACUAUCACCGAUGCGGCAGAACAGACCGUGGUGUCAGUGCACUGGGACAGGUAAUCUCUUUAGAUCUGCGCCGCAGCCCAGAAGGAUCUGCUGAGAUCAGAUACGCUCACAUCUUGAAUAGGGUUCUUCCUCCGGACAUCCGUGUGCUGAGCUGGGCCGUUGUUCCACAGACGUUUAGUGCUCGCUUCAGCUGCCGCUCACGUACCUACCGAUACCUCUUCCCAAGAGCGCAGCUAGAUGUGGACAAAAUGGAUUGCGCAGCACGUCUGCUGGAGGGCACGCAUGACUUCCGUAACUUAUGCAAAAUGGAUGUGGCUAAUGGUGUCCUUAACUUUACUCGCACCGUGCUGAGUGCUUGCGUGGGCCCUGUACCAGAGUUCCAAGGGGAUCCAGGGCCCUUUCAGCUCUACCAUUUGCAAAUAACAGGCUUGGCAUUUCUUUACCACCAGGUGAGGUGCAUCAUGGGCGUUCUGUUCUUGAUUGGACAGGGACGAGAAGACCCUGAAGUAAUUCGAGACCUGCUGGAUGUGCAGACAAAUCCUCGUAAGCCCCAUUACAACAUGGCAGUGGAGCUUCCUCUGGUGCUGUAUGACUGUCACUUUGAUGAUGUGCAGUGGGUGACCGAGAAGGAAGCACAUGGUGUCACCGUGUCACACAUGCAACGCCUCUGGUCACAGGAAGCCAUAAAAACCCAUAUCCUGUACAUGUCGCUAUCUCUUCUCGACUCUGUUCCUGUCACAAAUGAAACAGGUAUUGUCCUUAUGUCCCGUGUUUGGAGUCUGUGCAACACACUUGUUUAUGACCAGAGCAGCGGCCUUAUUGAGGGGGUGAGCGCACGCACUUACACACCGCUGAUGAAGAGACAUCUGUGCCAAGGACUAGAUGAGAGGCUGCAGCAUUACGUGCGGCGAGGAAAGCUUAAACCUGCCCCCUGCUACAGAGCCGGAACUGCCGAGCGUGAGCAGACUACAAGUAACAUAGACUGUACUAGCGAGGCGGCAAACAAAGAGAGCGAGAUCGUCCUGACCGUUUUGUUUUAAUGCUUUUGGUUUUGGUUAUUAAAACUUGUUGCUUUA